UGUGGACUAUUCCCCCUCAACACCGUUCUAGAGUUCUUCCCCCUUCUUUCUCUGCGUGCUUGCGUGGUUAGGGUUUCGCUGCUACCAUGGCUCAGAACUGGAAGCUCAUGCCCAAUCUCGAUCACCAGAGCACCAAGGUCCUCAAUCUCACCGUCCUUCAGCGGAUCGAUCCAUUCGUUGAAGAGAUCCUCAUGACUGCAGCCCAUGUCACCUUCUACGAAUUCAACAUCGAGCUCAAUCAGUGGAGUCGCAAGGAUGUGGAAGGAUCUCUCUUCGUCGUGAAAAGGAAUACACAACCGAGAUUUCAGUUCAUUGUCAUGAAUCGGCGGAAUACAGAUAAUUUGGUGGAGGAUCUUUUGGGAGACUUUGAAUAUGAUGUCCAGGUUCCAUAUCUAUUAUAUCGUAAUGCAUCCCAAGAAGUUAAUGGUAUAUGGUUUUAUAAUGCUCAUGACUGUGAAGCAGUUGGAAAUCUUUUCAGCAGGAUUCUUAAUGCAUAUUCCAAAGUUCCUCCAAAAUCUAAAGUGUCUUCAACCAAAAGCAGCGAAUUUGAGGAGUUGGAAGCAGUUCCUAGUCUAUCUGUGAUGGAGGGUCCUUUGGAGCCACCAACUUCAUCUACAGUUACAUCAGUUUCGGAAAUUGCUGAUGAUUCAUUUGUGAAUUUCUUCAGUGCUGCUAUGAAUGUUGGAAUAGCACCAAACACAGCAAUCCCUGAACAACCACAUCAGCCUUCUGCAACUGUUUCACUACCUUCUAGGACCACAAGUGUUACUCCAUUUCCAUUGCCAACCCCUCAACCUAACCCACCUCUUCCUACUGUGUCAACUCCUCUAGCGCCCCUUCUUGACACUCUGGAACCUACCAGCAACACCACCGUUUCUGCUACAAAUCUCGUGAAACCUUCAUUUUUCACACCCUCGUCCUCUUCUUCUGCAUUAAUGAUGCCACCUAUUUCAGUUUCCAUGCCUACUGCUCCACCGUUACAUCCACCUGUGACUAUGCAACGCCCUUAUGGUACCCCCUUGCUUCAGCCAUUUCCACCACCGACUCCACCUCCAUCUCUUACCCCUGCUUCAAAUAACACACCUGCCAUUACAAGAGAAAAAGUACGUGAUGCAUUGAUGAAGCUUGUGCAGAGUGACCAGUUUGUUGAUAUUGUGUAUCGGGAGAUCGUGAAUGCUCACUAUUCAUGACAUGCUGGAGAGAGAAGACUGGGCGCCUGCAACGGUGAACCAAGAUAAAAUUUUCUUGCUUGACCUUAGCUUCAUUUCAUGUGUCUCUAGCAUGUGUUAAUGUAUAUGUUUUUUGUUUUCUCAUCUCUCGGUUUGUUUAUUGGUGUCUUUGGUUAUAUAUAUGAUGUUAAUUGUGAGUACUGAUGAGUGUGAAUGAUGGAUAAAAUGAUGUAUGUUAUUAUCAUUUUGCCUAUUGAUUUUUAUGAUACCUGGGAAAAGCUGUUAGUUUGGGUAUAGUUUGAAAAUCUUGAUUGUA